AAUUUAAUUUAUAUAAACGGAAGAUAUUAUUCAAAGCAGUUCAGUUGAUUAUCGCUCUUAAAUGUUUGAGUUCUCAUUAAAUACAAAUUUAAGUUAAUUUCAUUAUCUCGUAUAACAAUCUAGAGGAGGUUAUAAAUAAAAAAUGUCUCAACUUCGAAAAACCGAUACGUUAAAAAACGGCGAUCUACGGACGUAUAAUAUUACUAAAUCGAUUUAUAUUUUGAAAAGAUCGCUAUUAGAACACGAAUCAUACAUAGUCGUAACUAACUUUGGCAGUGAAACUGAAACGGUCAUCUUGUCCAAUGUAAUUUAUAAUUUCAAAGAUGAAUUAUUUGUAUAUUUGGGAAGUGAAAAUUCUGGUUACAGCCCGGGCACCAAAGUAUCUACCAUUUCAACUGGGAAUCCAAUACAACUACGACCACAGUCAGUAGUCGUAGUAACAGAUAAAUUUAUAGAACCUGAUUCACCAAAAAACAAUGCUGGUGGUAUUACAACGGGCAGCAGUAUAAAAUUAAUUAGUUUAAUCUGUAUAUUUAUGCUUACAAGAUGGAUUUUAUAAGUUUAUCUUAUAAUAUAUUAGUUGUUAACUUUGAGUAAUACAUUGUUUUUAAGUUAA